AUGGUCCCCCCCGAGCCGAAACUCACAACCACGGUUCUCGUGGUGGGCGCAGGUUCAACUGGACUGGCUUUGGCUCAGGGGUUGAAAAAGGCUGGGAUCCCCACUAUCGUGGUAGAAAAACAUGACAGCUUAGAUGCAUAUGACCGUGACUGGAACAUGGGCUUGCACUGGGGUGCAGGCCCCCUGCAAGCUCUCCUACCAAAAGAGCAAUGGUCAAGAAUUCAGUCAGUUCAAGUCGACCCUAAUGAGCCCACAGCAGAAGAGGAUGCUCUCAACUUCCUCAACGGACAGUCGGGAGAGGCCAUGGCGUCCAUACCUGCUCGCCUUUUCUAUCGCUUGCGUCGUCGGAAAUUACGAGGAUUGAUGGAACAAGGGCUGGACAUCCGAUAUGGCAAAAAGCUUCAGGACAUCCAGUAUUCUGCUGAUGGCGUAUAUGCCACCGCCAUAUUUGAAGAUGGCUCAUCAAUCGCAGCGAGGAUUAUCGUGGGCGCGGAUGGAGCUCGCUCGACGACACGGCGUGUCUUACUGGGUCCUAGCAGAGGGGAUGUCCGCCGGCUUCCUUACUGCGCGACCUUCGUUCAGGCCCAGUACUCUGCAGAGCGUGCUCGAUACCUACGCCAAUUCCACCCUCUUUACAUCGCUGGCAUCAACCCUGCGGGGUAUUUCUCUUUCUUUGGACUACACGACGCAACCGAUCGUGAACGACCAGAAACCUGGACAUUCUUCUUCUACAUAUCAUGGCACUCCUCCCUGCAGGAGCAGCGGGAGACAGCUGGUUGGAGCAACGCGCAAAGGCUUGAGCAAGUCAAGAAGUUUGCCAAGACUUACACCGACCCCUGGAAGAGUGCGUUCGAAUGGCUGCCGGAUGACCAGAAAGUCUGGUACAUGGGCCUGAGCGACUUUGACCCGCGGGACCAAUCCCAUAGGUGGGAUAACCGAGGGGGGCGGGUAACAUUGGCCGGGGAUGCAGCACACGCCAUGACAUAUCAGCGUGGCCAGGGCUUGAAUCAUUCGAUCACCGACGCAGCCAAUUUGGUGGAAGCGGUGCGACGGAUUGUCUCUGGAGAGGCGACACAGGCUGUCGCCAUUAGAGACUAUGAAGAUGAGAUGAUAUCUCGCGCGGGAAGUGAAGUCGGGCUGUCUACUGUCAACACGGCAAUGCUGCAUGACUGGCACAAGGUGCUGCAGUCACCGGUGAUGACAUCCGGCAUGAAACGGUCCACCGAGAUCAAAGCCAAUUGA